AUGGAGCAAAUACUACAGGCGGUGAAUCUGGGUACUUUACUCGGUGGCUUUCAAGCGCAAAGGAUGGAAGAAAAUGAUGUCCUAGCAGCGUCGGAUCAAGAAUUAAUUCGACUGGGUGUCAGUACGAUUGGAGACCGUAUUCGGCUUCGAGAGGCUUGUCGGAAGAAAGUCGAAGAAAACGCUGCCUCGACAAGCCAAUCGAGUGCUUCGACGAGUCAAGCUACUGCCGCUCGCGAAGAACGUCUAUCAAUUUUUCACGCGCGGCGACAUAACAGCAGGAGCCUAACACGUGCUGCGUCUAGAAACUCGACAAGCAACGGAAGUAAAAGAUCGGCAAAAGGGUCUCCGUGGACACCAACAUUUGUAUGUUUAGCAGAUAGCGCAUCAUCAAAGGCACCGUCGUCUGUCGAUAAACAAAUUUUAUACAAAGCUGGGCUGGGUGUGAAAAAAAUAAAACUAGAUUUGGAAGACAAUGAACAAACAGUUCUUGACAAAAUAACUUCGGAUACCAAUGACACAUUGGGAAAUCCAUUGGGAUUUCCUCAACUGAAAACCAUUGGGGGAUUUGAAAUGUUGCGCUGUACCCCAAACUGCCGUGACCUAACCGAAAUCGAUAGUUGCUGGAGUGCAAGAGAUUUACGCUCAACUAUGGGUGGCGGUCAAGGUAAAAUUUAUCUGCGACCUAUACAAAGGUCAUUGUCAACGAAGCCUCUAGUACAGCAAAGCCAUUCUGAUGUAAAAGAGAAGUGUCAUAUGUGUGAUCAAGAAAUCCUAGUUCGCAGCCUCCGUGACCACUUGUAUACGUGCACAGUGGGUCUGGAUUCAAACGAUGAAGAUGGAUCCGAAAAUAUUACCAGCACUGCAACAAUUGUCUCCAGUACACCAUCCACCUCAAUGGUUUCUGGAAAUGCCAGCAUCUCAAGUGUUAAUUCCGAUGGUCUACCUGCGACAAUUACUGCUGAAGCCCCAGACCCCAUAGUUCCGUUGGUUGACCUUACAGAAAGGCCGGAACAAACCAGCAAUAAUCCAUCAGUCUUUAAAUACUGUGGAUGAAAUUGUUCAUGCUACUGUCGUCUACUAUAAUGAAAAUAAUAUAGAUAAUCCCACCGAAAUCCUUAGAUGUUUUCAGCAGCAAUUUGUGACUGGAAGAGCUUUGGAAGUUGUCAGCGAAGAUGAAGUAAACGAGGGGGAUACAAAUUUUAUAAUGGUUGAUCGGCGUAAUCUUAUUGAGACUGCAUUUGAUGAAAUAAUGGUCCUUCCUGAAUACAGGAAGACAUUGCAAGUGCAAUUUUAUGGUGAGGUAUGUACAGUAUUACAACCUAAUAUUUUAAUAUUAAAAUGUCAACAUUCUGCCAUCUCUAUAUUUGUAAAUACCAGAUCAUAUUCUAUGCAUUAAUUCUAUGCAUAUCCUGCAUUAAUUACUAAUGAAUUCUUAUUUCGCGAUGCCACACGGUGUUGUGAACAUAAAUAUUACUUGCUGUAAUUACAUUUAAUCUCUUUUGUUAUAGCUAAGUCGGACCUACAGAUUAGAUUGGCAAAUACAAAGAGCAACGAAACAGGGAGAGUUGAAAUAUUUCAUCCUUCCUUUGGCUGGGGAACUGUCUGUGAUCGCGGAUGGGAUGAUACCGACAGUCGCGUUGUCUGUCGUCAGUUGGGUUUCAGUGGAGUGAGCGGGACAAGGAAGAGAGCUUACUAUGGUCGUGGAACUGGUUCAAUAUUGCUUGACGAUGUGAAGUGCACUGGCAACGAAUCAUUCAUUUGGGAUU